CCAUCUUGAUGGUCGCUGCCAUGUCCUCGUCGUUGUCGCCACUGCAGGUCAAGAGCGACUUUCCAGACUCGAGCCCAGCCAGGGCCCGCUCGCUGCUCAGAAGAGCGGCCCGGCAGCUGUCGGAGAGGGGCCUUUCGCACGCGUCAAAGUGGGCUCUGGAGCUUCUUGUCUGCCUCCCUCAGCCGGAUGCUGUCCAGCUCAAGUCACCGCACACGGCUCAGUACUCAACGGUGAAUGGUCCUCUGGCCUCGACGCCAGCCACAAGGACCCUUGCCAGUUUUCCAACGCAGUCGACGCCGGCUUUCCCCGCCAUCGGUGGUGGCAGUGGCAGUGGCAGUCCAUCAGCAGAUGACUCUGGCCGAUUCGCGAGCUUCCGCAACGUAGCGCCUCCUUCGCCGCUGGCUAACGUCAGCUAUCCCGAGGAGGAAGAAGGGGUACCCGAUGUCAAUGUCGAUGACGAUGCGUCCAUGUCGGCACACGUUCAUUUUGCCACGUCCGCUUCAGCGUCAGUCUCAGCGUCCCAGUCUGCCUCGGUAGUGGCUGGGUUGGGGGAGCUCGACGAAGAAGAGGAGGAAGACGUAUUCAUGCUGGCCAAAUCACUCUUUGAUCAUCAACAGUGGGAGCGGUGCGCGACCAUGCUCGAGGGCCACAGGGUCAAAGGCGUGAAGGCCCUCUUCCUCGGCUUGUAUGCUCGGUACCUUGCGCUGGACAAGAAGAUGGAAGAGGACCGCACUCCGGCGGCCAAACGGAAGGGGAAGGUGCCGAGAAUGGGGCACGAGAUUCUCGACAUUCUUCGGCAACUCAUUGAUCCUCACGACCCUUACCUCCUCUUUUUGAAAGGUGUGAUUUUCCGCAAGCUUGGCCGGCGCAUUGAAGCGAUGGACUGCCUGCUUCGGAGCGUUGAGGCGAUGCCAUAUAACUGGAGCGCCUGGCUCGAACUCAGCGCGACGUUGGAAGGUGGUCUAGCUGAACUGGAGGAAAUUGGGCCCCUACUUCCAGACUCAUUCAUGACAUCAUUCUUUUGCGACCACUUUGGGAGAAGCAGCGCGGCUCGCCCCCCGAACGACUGCCUCCAGCGCAUCGACUGCUUGCUCGAGUCGUUCCCAGACUUACCCUACCUUCUCAUCUGUCGCGCUCACAAUCUCUACCUCGUCCAAGACCUUGAAGGGGCCGAAGAGGCAUACGAAGCAGCUAGAGCCAUCGACCCGUAUCGUCUCGAUGGUAUGGCCGACUACUCGAAUUGCCUCUUUGUGCAAAACAAGGAAGACAAGCUUGCCCAUCUGACACACUUACUGGCCAAGGCCGGCAUCGACGACGCUGAAGUGUGCUGUGCCGUAGGCAAUUAUCACACGCUGCGAGGCGACAAUCUGCGUGCUCUGGAAGCUUUCAAGCGUGCAGUCAGGCUCGAUCCCACUUGCUCAUCGGCCUGGAUCCUGCUGGGUCAUGCAUACAUCGAGACGAGAAAUAGCAUGGCUGCAGCAGAGAUGUACCGGCGCGCACUUGAGAUCAAUCCCAGGGACGUAAGGGCUUGGACGGGACUUGCAAACACCUACGAACUCAAUUCGGCCUUUUCGCACGCCCUAAAUCACCACAAGAAGGCUGCCUCGAUCAAUCCUUAUGACCACCGUUUCUGGAACUCGAUGGCAAAUUGCUAUGAGCGCAUGGGGCAGACGAGCAACGCCAUCGAGUGCUACAAGCGGAUCCUGUCCAUCGACUACGCGGACCUUUGGGCCCAGGUGCACGUCAUGGAGGCCAUUGCGCGCCUCGUGGAAGAAGAGGAAGCAGAACAGAGCCGAGGCAUCGGCGCAGAUGAGCAGGCAGGAGCGCUGUGGCACCGACGAAUCGUUGAAUUACUCGAGAGAGCAAGGUCCUUGGGCGAGGAGGAGAUCGACGUUGGACCUCGGGCAAACAGCUACAUCAUUGCAGCUUCUCUGGAGAUUCAGUUGGCUGGCAUCAUGUUGCAUGAAACUGCGGUCGAAUCGGCCUCUGCCAGCCUGGGAGCACCAUUUGCAGCCAAGCAGGCAACAGCUGCAGCAGGCAGCGGCGGAAACAUCAGCCUGGCUAUUGAUUACCUCCAGCGCGUUGUCGCUUCCGGCAGUGUUCGUGCCCCGGACGCCGAAGAGAUUCUCAAGAGACUCGAUUCGCUAGGAUACCAAUGAUACUGUCGAACUUUUCUCAUUUUUCUGACCCCCCAUUGUGUAUUAACAAGUUACCAUUAUUACGCCCAUGCAUCAGAGACC